AUGAUGGGAAGCGUAGCGUUCGCUCUCGUCACAUUGCUGACUCUGCUCGCAAACAGUGUGCCUGCAAGCGCGAGAAAAACGGAUGCAACACUGCGACAAUCGAUCACCAAGCAUGGCUACCCGGUAGAGCUGCACAGGGUGACCACUCAGGAUGGGUACAUUCUCACGCUAGUUCGCAUUCCGAACUCCGAUCACCCGGAAAAAGCGCCCGUUCUCUUGCUCCAUGGACUGCUCUGUUCUUCCAUCGAUUGGACCGUACAGGGACCGGACCGAUCACUCGCCUUCAUCGCCGCCGACGAAGGUUAUGAUGUAUGGCUGGGAAAUGUGCGAGGCAACACCUUCUCGAAGGAACACGAAUCGCUUAACAGCCGUGAUCGUGAGUUCUGGAACUUUAGUUUUCACGAGAUUGGCCUAUACGACGUGCCGGCUAUGGUGGACCACAUCCGAGGCAACACCUCUACGGACGCCAUUCACUUCGUGGGACACUCGCAGGGGGGCGCUGCGUUCCUAGUCAUGGCGAGUUUGCGUCCAGAGUACAACGCUAGGUUCGCGAGUGUCCAUCUAAUGGCUCCGGCGGCGUACGUCCACCAUGCGACUUCUCCGUUGGUGGAGUUUGCAGCUCGUCUUGACGAGCUGGAGAUGUUCGUCAAGCUGACGCGUACCUACGAGCUUGGAGGUCGUGGACCUGGCUCAACGAUGGAUCUUCUGUACACCGGCCACAAGACAGGGCUCGUCCCAACUGAUCUCGUACUGAUGAACGUGUGGUAUUUCGUAGGGACGCACGACUCCAUCAACCGGUCGGUGGUGAGUGAAAUCCUAGCCAACACGCCAGCAGGCUGCUCGGUGCACCAACUACUUCAUUUCGGUCAGAACUAUCGCGCAAAGGCGUUUCAGAUGUUCGAUUAUGGUCCGACCGACAAUGUGAAGCGGUAUGGCACAAAAAUUCCACCGGAGUAUCCACUGCAAGCCGUCACUGCACCGAUCAUUUUGUACUACAGUGAGGGUGAUAUCUUCGUGGCGGCACAAGACGUGCAGGAGUUGACCGAUCGACUACCGAAUGUAGUUCACUCGCACAGGAUCAACGUGCGUCGGUGGAAUCACAUCGACUUUUUGUUCGAUAUUGGCGCUCAUCGGCUGUACCGGACGGUAGUUGGUUCGCUAAGGAACCAAACUACUGAUAGCCAUAGAAAUGAGCUUGUUGAAACGUACUUUACUUUUAACUUUUAA